UUCCAGUUCUGGUGUUUCACUUCCCCUUUCCCUGCUUGGUUUCCCUCCCUGUUUCAGUCAGAUCAUGAGACUUCUGGUGUCUUUAGCAAACCACAGAUUAGAACCUCUUGAAGGUUUUACAGUAGCCAUGAGGUUCUGUGAGGUGCUGCUCCUCUUUGGUCUGCUCAGACUAACUUCAGGGCUGCCUGUUGCCUCGCCUUUCAGCCAGGCGCCGUUUCUCACUGUGUGGAACGCCCCCACAGAGAACUGCCUCUCCCAGUACGGCGUGGAUCUUGACCUGGGGAUGUUUAGCAUCGUCCAGAACCAAAAUCAAACCUUCAUAGGUGAAAACGUCACUAUUUUCUAUGCUGACAAGCUGGGUCUGUACCCUCGGUACUCAGCCCAGGGCGAGGCCAUCAACGGCGGGGUUCCUCAGAACAGCAGCCUAGACGCUCACCUCCGACUCGCAAGCGAAGAUAUCCGCUACUACAUCCCUGACAGAGACUUCCAGGGCCUGGCAGUGGUGGACUGGGAGAGCUGGCGGCCAGUGUGGGAGAGAAACUGGGACAGUAAACAAGUGUACAAGGAGGGGUCAAAAGCCCUGGUGAGGGCCAGGCAUCCAGACUGGAGUCCUGCUCAGGUGGAGGCAGCAGCUCGGCUGGAGUUUGAGCAAUCUGGGAGGAAAUUCAUGGAGGAAACACAGAAACUGGGGCAGAAAAUGAGGCCAAGUGGCUUGUGGGGGUUUUAUGGAUUUCCCAAUUGCUACAACUAUUACAACGACAGGAGCAUAAACUACACAGGUGAGUGUCCAGAUGUGGAGCUGAGCAGGAACGAUGAGCUGUUCUGGAUGUGGAACGCCUCCUCCGCUCUGUACCCUGACAUCUACCUGAGCCUGGACCUGCGAGGCCUCGGCAAAGAGGUGCUGCUCUACGCUCAUCACCGCAUCCUGGAGGCCAUGAGGGCGGCAGAUCAGGUGACCCCGUCGCAGCUGCCCGUCUUCCCCUACGCCCGCAUCGUCUACACCUACACAUUAGAGUUCCUCUCCAAGGAGCAUCUGGUCCACACUGUAGGAGAGAGCGCUGCUUUAGGAUCUGCUGGGGUCGUGCUGUGGGGGGACCAUGCAUUCGAUAAAUCUAAGGCUACAUGUGAAGCAGUCAAGUCCUACAUUGACGAGACUUUAGGUCCCUACGUGGUCAACGUGACCUCAGCUGCCACGCUCUGCAGCCAGGCUUUGUGCUCCUCUCAGGGACGGUGUCAGAGGUCGGACCUGAAGUCGGGCGCCUACCUCCACCUCGACCCCGCAGCCUGGAAGAUCCUGUCUGAGAAGAAACCGGCAGGAGGGACAAACUACAGGGUUUUAGGGCAGAUGGACGCACAAAGUGUGCUGCAGAUGAAGUCUGACUUCCACUGCAGGUGUUAUCCUGGGUGGGAAGGGAGGGACUGCUCCACGCCAGUUUAGAGAUUACAAUAGUUUUAAAUAAUAAGACGGGGAAGUGAAAGCCAGAGUCUUUCUGAGAGGAGUUUGCUUGUUGCUCGUUUCAUCAGUUUCUUCUCAGAACCCAAAGUUGUGCCUUUUAGCAGUAUUUGCUUUUAGGUGUCAGUGUCUCUGUCGUUGUUCUGUGAUGGAUUUGCAAUUUCUAAUCAGGACCAAAUGGGUUUUGAAGAUGGAUGAAUGGACUGAGUUGAUUGAUUCUUGCUCAUUUCAAAACAGCUAUAUUUUUUGAAAUCAUGACUCAUUUUUUGUAUCUGUGUUUCGUUUUACAGUAUUGUCAGUAUGCACUGAUAUGGAUGUGUGUGUGUGUGUGUGUUUUUUUUACAUAAACCACUAAUUUGUUUUGG